AGUGCGCGGCUCCGUGCGCGUGUGCGCGCUGGCGCGGCUCCGGUCGGCCGUCAUAUAGCCGCCUCGGAUCGGUCGGAUGCUGGAGGAAGAGGCUCCGGCGCCACGGGAAGCUUCGUCCGUCCCUCCCGGUCCUCCGCGUCGCUGCGGCCGGCUGCACGAGCGGUGAUGCUCGGCCUCUCCGCCCGGAUGCGCCCCUCUCUGCGCGGCGUGCCCCCCGUUCGCAGCGCCCCCCUGUCGCCGGAGAAAGGUCUAGGGACCACAUAUGGAAACUGGGCAUCAAAAUUCUAGGGAGAAGGGAAAUUCAACUUCAUAUUUGUCCGUGUUUUCCGUGCGGAGAGGGGGGAGACUCGUCCCUGAGGAAAGGGGGCCCCCCUUCCGUGGAAUGCGGCAACAUGGGGGUGUUUGACCGCGGAGUUCAGAUGCUGCUGACCACGGUGGGGGCCUUCGCCGCCUUCAGCCUCAUGACCAUCGCCGUGGGGACGGACUACUGGCUGUACUCGCGCGGCGUCUGCAAGGUGAAGAGCACCAACGAGAACGAGACCAGCAAGAAGAACGAGGAGGUGAUGACGCACUCGGGCCUCUGGAGGACCUGCUGCCUGGAAGGUUCUUUUAAAGGCAUGUGCAAGCAGAUAGAUCACUUUCCUGAGGAUGCCGACUAUGUGGCCGAUGCUUCCGAGUACUUCCUACGCGCUGUCCGAGCCUCCAGUAUCUUCCCCAUCAUGAGUGUGAUCCUGCUCUUCAUGGGGGGGCUGUGCAUCGCGGCCAGCGAGUUCUACAAGUCACGCCACAACAUCAUCCUCAGCGCCGGCAUCCUCUUCGUCUCCGCAGGCCUCAGCAACAUCAUCGGGAUCAUCGUGUACAUCUCGGCCAACGCCGGCGACCCUUCCAAGAGCGACUCCAAGAAGAACAGCUACUCCUACGGCUGGUCCUUCUACUUCGGCGCCCUGUCCUUCAUCAUGGCCGAGAUGGUGGGCGUGCUGGCCGUGCACAUGUUCAUCGACCGCCACCGGGAGCUGCGCGUAGGGGCGCGGGCCGCCGACUACCUGCAGGGGGCGGCCAUCACGCGCAUCCCCAGCUACCGCUACCGCCGCCGCUCACGCUCCUCGUCCCGCUCCACCGACCCCUCGCACUCCCGCGAGGCCUCGCCGGUGGGCCUGAAGGCCUUCGGGGCGCUGCCCUCCACCGAGCUGUCCAUGUACACGCUGCCCAAGGGCCAGACGGGCCCCCCCACGGCCCCCUACGACUCCACGGAGAGGGACCUCAACUUCCUGCAGGUCCACAACUCCAUCCAGAAGGACCUGAAGGACAACAGCGCCAACCGGCGCACCACGCCCGUAUGAGACUGAGGGCGGGGCCCCGGGCCCUGCAGAGCCGCUUUGGG